CUUAGGCUCCUCCGGCCACACUUUUCCUCCGACGCAUCAUCACCCUUCCACUCCUUAUCCCGGACUCUUUUACUCUCCCAUAUUUGGUUUUUUUAUUUCCAUUGCGACCAAAAUCCCUCUAUAGUACUAUCCUAUCUCCAAAGGUCACUAUGACUACCACCUACCCCCCAACUAACAACCCGGCCAUCGUCCUCGUCUCUGGCGCCUGGCACCAACCAUCAUCUUACACCUCUUUCACCACCGCGCUUCGCAACCUCGGACAUGAAGUCCACGUGCCUUGCCUUCCCUCUAUUAAUGGCGCCCGUCCCCCAAAUGCUGGUCUAGAAGAAGAUAGUGUAUUCAUCCGCACCUGCGUGGAGAACCUCGUCUCUGCCGGCCGCGAGGUUCUGGUUCUGCUUCACUCUUACGGCGGCCAGGUCGGAACGAAUGCCCUAUCCAACGGCCUCGGGGUCACAACCCGUCGCGCGCAGGGCCUCACUGGCGGCAUUGUUCAAUUAGUCUACAUCGCCGCUUUUGCGCUCACAGAAGGGGUCUCCAUGGUUGAGGUCGUCAUCUCUCACGGCCACGGUCCCUUGAUGGACGUGGCCUUUGACUUUGCCGAGGACCGAACCUGCAUCUCCCGAGACCCCAAGAACCUCCUGGUCGGUCCAUCUAAAAAGUCAGACGAGGAGACUGACGCCUAUAUUGCGUCCUUACAGCGGUGGAAUGGGAAGGGCUUUGACGGCAAGCUCCAGCAUGUCGCCUGGCGACCUGAGGAAGGGGGUAUUCCUCAAAUCGGAUACAUCUAUUCAACCCAGGAUAUGACUGUGCCCUAUGAUUACCAGAAGGAGUUUGUGCAGACGAUGCGGGAAGCUGGAUGUCAGGUUCGUACGUGGGAGUUGGAGACUGGACACUGUGCACUGUUUACCAAGUGUGAGGAGGUCGUGGAGAUUGUUCAUGGAUUAGCCAUUGGAAAAUGAAAGGACAGGAGCGUUGAUAGCUUUUGAUGAACAAGAAAACACAAAUUGUCACAUAACUAGCAAAAUCUGAAAGUAAUUGUACUUUCGCGUUCUGUAACGCAUAUAACGUUCAGGGCGAUUACU